UUAUUGCUGCUGGUUGACUUCCUCUACGGAAGAGACACUGAUCACAGAUCGAGCUGGUCUCAUUUCCUGUAUCGCGAAUUCUUUGAAGCUUUCAGACUGGUCCAAACUCCUUGGCUGAUUGUCUUGAACCCAACAUGCACUACUGCUACAAAUGCCCCCCAAAGAUUUGAAUGUUUCCUAAAUUAAGGGAUUAGAGGAGGAUGGACUAAGAAUUUUGGAUUUUGGACUAGGAUUAGAAAACGGAUCUUCUCCACCCCUGUCCGUGGAAACGACAUGAGCUUGAAGCCUGCAGGUUCCUCCGGUUUGUGUUAGCAGGGCCAGACAUCAAUCAUGGCGGACGGAAGGAUCUACGUGGGGAAUCUUCCAAUGGACGUCCAGGAAAGGGACAUUGAGGAUCUCUUCUUCAAGUACGGAAAAAUCCGCGACGUGGAACUAAAGAACAAUAGGGGAACCAUCCCCUUUGCCUUUGUGCGCUUCGAAGAUCCACGGGAUGCAGAAGAUGCCGUCUAUGGAAGGAAUGGAUAUGAAUUUGGAGACUCCAAACUUCGUGUGGAAUACCCUCGCUCCUCUGGUGCCAAAUUUAGUGGUGGUGGCCCAAGGGAAGGGGGGCCUAGGGGGAGGUUUGGGCCCCCAACUCGGAGAUCUGAAUUCCGGGUCGUAGUGACUGGGUUGCCACCUAGUGGAAGCUGGCAGGACCUGAAGGAUCACAUGCGCGAGGCGGGGGAUGUUUGUUUCGCAGACGUGCAGCGCGACGGGGAAGGCGUGGUAGAGUUCCUCCGCAGGGAGGACAUGGAAUACGCACUGCGCAGGCUCGACAGGACAGAGUUCCGCUCCCACCAGGGGGAGACGGCAUACAUACGUGUCUUAGAAGAGAGGGGUUCAAGUUACGGCCGCUCGCGGUCCCGUUCCAGAUCCAGAGGGCGCUACUCUCCUCCCUACCAGAGCAGAGGCUCCCCUCCGCCCCGCUACCAGUCCCCCCCACGCCACGCCACUUCGCGCCAUAGCCCCCCCUCCAGGAGACCCGCCCCACAGCACCACAGCCCACCCCCUCGCCACUACCGAUAAGCCAGCCAGCCAUUCACAGAAAAACACAGAUAAAAAGGAAGUUUUUUUUUUUUUUUUUUUUGCUUUUUUUUUUUUGUUGCUUUGCUCUGUUUGUCCCAGAAUCAAUCCUAGACCCAGUAUUCCUUUCUUGCUUGCAACUUACAUUCCAUGUUCCCUCAACCAUGGCCUUAAGCUUGCAGAUAUUCUUCCUGCUGGUUUUUGUUGAUUUGAGGAAAGCUUCUGUACUCUCGCGUUGCUGUAGUCCAUUUAGUCCAGAUGAUGUCGUAACAUUUGUUUCAUUUGACAGAGAACUGGUAUUAAAGUAGCAAGGUCAAUGGUCUCCUUCGCUCAGUUAUAUGAACACCAAAUGUGAUUGAGCACAACCUCGUGUGACAGAUACAAGAUGUCAACAGCCAGAAUCAGCUUUUAUAUUGAUUGUGAAUGGACCUCCAUGAAUGACUGAGUAUAUUUUGGACAUUGUUUUUUGAUUGUAAUCUGGUGAAUUUCUGUGAAGUUGAUUUAGCUUGGUUUUUAUCCAGUUCAUUCCUUUGCCAUUUCCCAAUGUUUUGUGUACCAUGGUGGCUAUGUGCAAGAGAGCUUUGUUUUUCAAUUAAAGUACACAAAUGUCUGA